AAGUUAAGGGAAGCAUGUCCAGGACUGACAGAAGGACCGACAGCUGUUUGGAGGAACUGAAACUGUGACACUUUGUGGUUUGAGUCCGAGUGACAGUCUGUCUGCUUGAAGCUGCUGCGGUUUGUCCUCUGUCCAGCAACACCCUCAAGGUUCCAUCCUGGGACCCUCCCUAUUCAAUAUCUCCAUCCUUCCCCCUAGUUCAGAUCAUAACAAACAAACAACAAGAUAAGUUACCAUAACUACGCAGAUGAUACACAGCUCUACAUGACAACGCCACCAGAGUAUCACAAUGGCAUCGUGGAUGUUCCACAUGUCUGUAAUGGUGCUGUCUACCUUCAUCAGCAGCAGCCAGAGUAAGAGGGACAAACUGCUCUACUGUUCCGCAUGCAAGGCAAUUGUGGAUGAACUGAACCACUCAAUCAGUCAAGUGGACCCAAAGAUGACCAUUAACGUAGGGAGCUUUAGACUCAACCCUGAUGGAACCAUGACAGACAAAAAGGUCCCGUUUGCUCGCUCGGAAACACAUCUCAGUGAGCUCCUGGACGGGGUGUGCAACAGCAUGAAUGACUAUGCCCUCUAUGUGGACCCGGAAACCCACCACAAGCAGUACAGGAGAUUUGCUCCAAGAAGCAGUGGAUCCUCGGGAAACUUUCCAGACUUUAAAAACUUCCAGUUUGAUGGACCCGAGGCAUCCAAUAACCUGAAAUUUGCAUGUGAAACACUGGUGGAGGAGCUGGAGGACGACAUCAUCUCUUUGCUCGGCCAGGAUGAAGGAAAUGUGAAGGAGGAGUUAUGCAACAGAGUCUCAGAUUACUGUGAAGACGACCGACAGCCAAACGACGAGCUGUAGUGGUUGAUAUUUGCCUUGGGCUUGGUGGGAGCAGUUUUUUCAGCGAUCAGUCUGAACAUUUUAACAAUUAAUUUUUGUAAACAAAUAAAUGAUAAAAUGUUGAAGAACA